CCGAGUUCUUGUUACGAUUGAUCUUUUGCGGUGCGUACGUGAUUUUCUCUCCGUGAUAAAAUUUAUUCAAGAAAAUCGGAGAAAAUUGUUUGAAUGGACCACAGGGCAAGGAAAAGGAUCCGAGAAGCCAAAUCCAAAGCCAGACCUGAGCUGUGCUCAGAAAAGAAUGGAUGGUAUAAGCAUGAUUACCACAAGAACUUUGACCUGUCUCCCUCACUCGUAAACGACAAUGUACAGCGGGUUGAUGCACGGGAAACCACGCUGGAAGAAUUUCGCGAGAAGUAUGAGAAGACGUACACACCUGUUGUUGUCACCCAUGCCCAGGAUGAAUGGCUCGCUGAUCAGAAGUGGACACUUGAGAGGCUGUCAAAGAAGUACCGGAACCAACGGUUCAAGUGUGGGGAAGAUGAUGAGGGCUAUUCUGUGAAGCUGAAGAUGAAGUACUUCACAGACUACAUGAAAGACAACACAGAUGACAGCCCGCUCUAUAUAUUUGAUAGCAGCUAUGGAGAGCAUACAAAGAAGAAGAGGCUUUUGGAAGAUUACACAGUGCCGAAGUAUUUCCAGGAUGACCUAUUCCGUUAUGCAGGGGAAGACAAAAGACCACCAUACAAAUGGUUUGUGAUGGGUCCUUCAAGAUCGGGAACUGGGAUACACAUUGACCCACUGGGAACCAGCGCUUGGAACGCCCUUGUUACUGGAUACAAAAGAUGGUGCCUUAUACCGACCCAGUGCCCAAAGGAGCUGUUAAAGGUGAAAUUGUCAGAGGGUGGGAAGCAAAGAGAUGAGGCUGUCACCUGGUUCUCCGUCAUCUACCCACGAACACAACUACCCACCUGGCCUAGAGACUGCAAACCGCUGGAGAUUCUACAGAAGCCAGGAGAGACAGUGUUUGUCCCGGGUGGCUGGUGGCAUGUGGUCGUCAACCUGGGGGACAGUAUUGCCGUCACCCAGAACUUCUGCAGCGUCAUCAACUUCCCCAUUGUCUGGCACAAAACUGUACGAGGCAGGCCGAAACUCUCUAAGAAGUGGAUCCAGAUACUGAGGAAUGAGCGCCCAGAGGUGGCUGCCAUAGCAGAUAAGGUUGACCUUGCUGAGCCAACUGGUUUCAACUCAGACAGCAGCAGCUCUGGUUCAAGUUCAAGCUCCAGUGACUCAGAGUCAGAGACUGGCCGAAUGUCUGCCAGCAAGAGGCGGAGAAUAUCAAAGUCCAGGUCAAGGUCAGUGACCCCUAAUGGCAGCAAUGUUCGAAGGUCACGGUCUGGGUCACGCAGUAGCACAGAAAUGUCUGGCCGAAGCCACAGGAGCAUCUCGAGCACACCAAAGAACAGCAGAUAACAACGGCACACUCCUGGAUACACAUGUUUCAGGAACCCACAAUAGUUGACUACCUGUAUGCUUUGAUGUUAAUUGGAAAAAGAAAUAUUAUUAUCAUGCAAUAACAUUUUAUGCCUUGACAUUUGCCUAGAGAAAAAAAACUCAGUGCUAUAUUAUUAAAUAACAUGUAUGUUUUGGGACAUUUUUAAACAACAUAAUGGUACAUGAGAUAGUGUUUAGAUGGAGCAUUCCUUUCUUAUCCUUGGUUACAAUUGAAAGCAAUUUUGCAUUUCAUAACUUAUCAUUUAAUAAUUGCAAUCAACAGAUUUUGUAUGCAGUUUACUCUCAUAAUGUUAAGUUGACUAGUUUUCUGUAUGAUUCAUUGCCUUAUACCAGUAAUUAAGAGUUUGUUUUUUAGCUACAUGUACACAUGUAUAUGUAAUUAUCAAGUUUUGUAUUGUUCUUUGAAACCAGUGAUUGAUAUAGGCUAUUGUAGGCACAUACUCAUCACUGUACUAGUAUUACUAUGCAUGUCCACAGUCAGUACAUUUCCACUUAAUAAAUGUUUAAAACAAUCUCAAUAUAAGCCUGACAAAGCUAAUGCUCAGUCUCAUGGAAGGUGAAUUAGCUAUGGAUCCACAACAUUACUUGUGUGACAUCAUAGAUCUCGAGGUUAGAUAAACAAAUUAAAAAAAUGGUUACAGCUUUGACAGGAAAUCCAACAGAAACACUGUUGUUAUCGUUUUUCUGCGUGAUUAAGUUUGGAUGAGUUUUAUGAUGUCUGUGACAUGGUUAAUGUGUUGUUUGAAAUAUUCGAUGUGUACAGCAUGUAAAUUGUGGUGGUGGAGGAAGUUAUUGUUUUUUAGUGAUUUCUAGGUUCUGUUUUAGAUUGAAUAGGCUCAGAUUCGGAAAAAUAGUUUAAUACUAAAAUUAGCCGAUGCGAUAUCAUGGCUGUUGAAAAAACCUAAAAAAGAAAUACAAGAAGAUGUAAUUAAAUAGAUAUAUGUAUAAUGAUGGGAUAAAUAUUGUUUUUAAAGUGCAAUUGAAUAUUUUUCCCAAAGUGUCGAUGGUAACUGUUUAGUAAAUGUUAUUUUGAAAAAAUGCCUGUAAUGUGAUACUAUUUGUAAAAGAAAAUGGACUAAUUCUGUAGAUUCUUCCAAAAAAAUCCCCCUUUGUGGGCAUCUCUUUGUCGGCAUCUAUUCAGAAUGUGCAUGAAGCUUGAAAGUCUAAGUUACUGUCUAUAUAAUAGGAAUGUCGAUUGAAAACGUUAAAGAAAUUACUUUAAAAACAUCAAAAUUUCCACACUAUUAUUUGCCUGGUAAAUGGGCAUGGAUGUAAGUGUCUCAGAACGCAUCCAUUGAAAUCAGCAAUUUGAGUAUAGAGUUAUAUUCUGUUAGAGUUUUAGAUUGACGCCUAACUGUGAACAUAUAUUUUGGACUGAAUCUCAAGUUUGGCCGAUGCAGUGGAAAUACAUGUAAUAUUCUACUAUCUCAAAGCUCGGGCAUUCCUCAUGGAAGAUUCAAUAUUUGUAUUUUAGUGUCCUAACCUUCCAGUGAUUUAUUCUUCCCAUAUUAAUAUUUUUUCCAUCUGUAAAUCAAAUCACAUGAAAUUGUUCAUUUAAAUAUGUGGUUUAAAGUGUUCACUUGAUCAUUGAGUGUUAGGCUGUGUUUCCCUUCACCGAUGACAAUGAUAGAUGCUCGGAUGCAAAGGUUUUCUGUGAAUUGUUCCAAUUCAAAGUGGCUACGGUGCUUGUAGCUUGUUAAUGGUGUCUCCAAGAUGAUGUAUUGUGGAAAUGUUCAUUAUUACUACAUGUCCAUUUUGUACUCUCAUACCAGUCAUUACCAAUGUUUAUGAUAGUUUUAGCUAGAUUGCAUACUCUCACAGAUAUUAAUGUGUUUUCAAUGAAACUUUUGUUUGUAUGGACACAUUGAUUAUAACUUGACUGGAGAGAAACUUAGAAAUUUAAUUGAAAUGUUUCUUUUGUAUUUUCUGUUCGGGUAUUAGCUAAACUAAUUUGCUAAGUUUUCUAAAUAAAUGAACAAAGUAUGUUUAUGGAAUCCAUAGUUUUCUUAUUACUCUGUGUUCAAGUUUAUGGCGUUAAGUUUAAGUUUGGCAAGCCAAAUAAUCUGAUUCCUUACAAGUUUUUGAUAAUAAAUAAUUGAAACCUA